CCACCGAAGAAGAAGUCGAAGAAGCGGAAGUUAAGCUGCUAAAAGUAAAUUAAAUUCUUUCAGUCUGUUACAUAGACUUUUAAAUGGUUUGGCGUAAUAAACAAUGAUUAAUGUGGAUGAGAGCAGCUUCUUUCACGGCAUUUCUCUCUGUUUGUGUUUACUACUCGACAUUUAACAACGAGCCGAGAGAAGCAGAAGAAGAAGGAGAAGACAGCAUGUGCUCCGCCCUUCGCCGUCACGUCGUCUGGGAGUCCGACGGGCUGGUGGCCUACCUCCACCCCCGGCCCUGGACCCCGGCCACCGUGGUCCUGGAGAGCAGCCGCCCCGGCCAACCCGGAGGCAGCAUCUUCCACCUGGAGGAGCCGGAGUACUUAUCCUGGCUGCUGGGGGCCAGAGCCGUGGCAAAGCUGCUCUGUGACAGACUCCAGGUUCGGAGAUGUGCGCUGGUCAGCAGACCCCACCGAGACCGACCCGCCCAGAUCCGUGUCCUCCCCCUACACGGCCUGGAUGCAGAGUGGCGACCUCACGUGGCCGGAGAGGAGGAGCACAACGCCCACGACCCGGGGUACUCCACCUCCAAGACCGCCCCCCGAUGGAGCGACUCCAGCUUGACCGAAGUCCAGACCAGGAUCCGAGCCAAGCUCCCGUCGCCGGACGCCCCGGCCGACCUGACCUUCCUCGGGGACGACCCCGCUCACCCCGGCCUGUUCCCCCGCAUCAUCCGGGGGGAGGAGCAGCACUGGCGGGUGUGGGACGACGAAGGGCACGUGGCCUUCCUCACCCCCUUCCCCAACUCCCCCGGGUUCACCGUGCUGGUCCCCCGGCGACCUCUGACCUCGGACAUAUUCCGGCUGGAAAAGGGAGACUACGAGGGGCUGGCGCUCGCCGCCAGGAAGGUGUCGCGGCUCCUGGAGGAGGCGUUCGGCGCCUGGGGGGUGGCGCUUAUCUUCGAGGGCUUCGAGAUCGACUACGCUCACGCCAAGUUGAUACCACUGGUCCGGUCGCCGGGGGCGGAAGACGACGCCGCCGCCAAACCGACGCCGCCCCCCCGGUUUUUCCCCGCGUACCCCGGAUACGUGACCUCAGAGGACGGACCUGAAGCCAGCGCGGACGACCUGAGGGCGACGCACGAUAAAAUAACUCAGAUCUGACUCUGUUACGUGAAGUUUGAUCAGUUCUGAUUUAUACAUUUGUGUAAAAAUGUUGCAAAUUUAACUAAUGUGCAUGUUUUUCUAUUUGAAAUUGUACAUUUUCUAACCAAGAACCACAUUUUUCACUUAAAUUUUGUUACAAAUGUUUUAUAAGAUGACAAAAAAAUGUAAGUUUUGAUUAAAAUAAAGACACAUAUAUAUAAAUUCUU